AGGGGAAGAGGGAAGAAAAUCUAGCCUAGAGAAGCUCUGAAGGGCAAGAGAAAAGAAGGAGAGGAGGCCGGUUGAAAAAACGGAAGACUUGUGAGAGGGAGAAGUGUUCAGAGAGUGAAGGAAUGCCAAAGAGAGGGAACUCUCAGUGUUCUCUACUAAAGAGAAAAAUGGAGGUAGCUCUGAAUUUACAAUUCUCCAUCAUUCUUAACAUUCUCAUCAUCUGCACGACUCACCUAGGCCACGGCUUUCAAACUCCUCCCACAAAUGAAACCGACAUACUUGCAUUGUUGGCCUUCAAGGAUCACAUAGAGGAAGAUCCACGAGGAGUUUUGAGUUCUUGGAAUAAGUCUCUCCAUUUUUGCAAUUGGAGAGGGGUUUUAUGUAGCCAAAGACACCAAGGAAGAGUCAUUGUCUUGGAUUUUGGCGGGCAGAAGUUGGUUGGUUCAAUUCCUCCUCAUAUUGGGAAUCUAUCAUUUCUCAGGCAAAUGAACCUAAGCGACAACAACUUCAAAGGUGACAUUCCGAAAGAGAUUGGCCGGUUAUUUCGACUGAUAUAUCUCGAUGUGAGCAACAAUGUCUUACGAGGGCAAAUUCCUAGCAAUUUGGUAUUCUGCUCAAAGAUGCGAAUCAUUGAUUUCGCGCUUAAUAACCUUGUAGGCGAAAUCCCUAUGGAAUUUAGAAACCUAUCAAAAAGUCUUCAAUUUUUUCAAGUCUAUGCCAAUCAGUUAACAGGAAGUAUACCACAAUGGUUGGGCAAUGCAUCAUCACUUAUUGUAUUAUCCUUGGGAGAAAAUCAUUUUCAUGGUAGCAUUCCUACUGAGCUUGGAAGACUAGGAAAAUUGAAGCACUUGCAACUUGUUGAUAGCAACUUGUUUGGAAGUUUUCCACUUCCUAUACUCAAUCUUUCGUCACUCAAUUAUCUAUCAAUUGCUGUGAAUCAGUUUUAUGGUAAAAUCCCAUUCAAUAUUGGCUUUACAAAUCCUAAUCUCAAAUUUCUUGCAAUUGGCAUGAACUAUUUUUAUGGGGAGAUACCAACUUCCCUACUUAAUAUGUCAAAGCUAAUAGCGGUAAACUUACCAUACAACAAUUUGAGUGGAGUCAUACCUUCAAACUUGGGAAGCCUAAGGAAUCUUCAACACCUAGGCAGUCUCAAAGUGUUGGAUUUUGGCGGCAACAAUUUCAGAGGCGAAUUGCCUACUUCAAUUGCUAAUCUUUCAACAAAGCUUGAGCAUUUGUGGAUGGGUAAAAAUCAGAUUUCAGGUAAAAUUUCUAAGGAGAUUGGGAACUUGGUCAGCUUAACCACGCUGCAUAUGAGCAUGAACUAUAUUACAGGUGAAAUUCCUUUGAGUAUUGGCCGACUAGACAAGUUAUCUGAACUUUAUCUAUAUGGAAAUAGGAUUUCAGGUCUUAUCCCAUCCGUACUUGGGAAUAUCACCCAGUUGCAAGAAUUGGGUUUGUAUGACAAUAAUUUGAGUGGCAUAAUUCCUCCUAGUUUGGGGAAUUGUUCCCAACUUGAAAAUGUUCUUCUUCACAACAAUUACCUCUUUGGAAUCAUACCAAAACAACUCUUGAGCUUAUCUUCAAUGAUUAGCCUCUCCAUGUCAAGGAACUUGUUCAUGGGAGAGUUGCCUUUAGAUGUGGGUAACAUGACCCAGCUAUGGGGUCUUUCUGUUUCACAAAAUAGACUGUCAGGAGAAAUUCCAAGCACCCUAGGAAAAUGUUUGAUGUUGGAAUCCCUUUUUAUGCAAGAGAACUUCUUUGAAGGAAGUAUUCCACCUUCAUUUAGUACUUUGAAAAACCUUAUAGAGCUUGAUCUCUCUAGAAACAAUUUGUCCGACCAAAUUCCAAAAUAUCUCCAAAAUUUCACUCUGUUGCAAAACCUAAACUUGUCCUUCAAUAACUUUGAAGGGGAGGUGCCAACUGAAGGGAUCUUUAGAAAUGCAAGCAUUAUUUCAAUUAAUGGAAAUCAAAGGCUCUGUGGAGGUAUUCAACAAUUAAGACUUCCUCCAUGUCAAGGCAUGAAAAAGAAAGGGAAGUUUCAACAUUUGAAAGUGGUGAUUUCAAUAAUUGUUUCAUGCUCAUUAUUCUUGAUUGUAGUUCUUCUAGCUAUUUUUUCAUACAAAAAGAAAUCUAAAAGGACAGCUUCUACCACUGUGCAAGAGAAAGAAUUUUUUCCACAAAUUUCUUAUGCAGAGCUAAGUCAGGCAAUCAAUGAGUUCUCACCAUCAAAUUUGGUAGGCAAAGGAAGUUUUGGCUCUGUUUAUAAAGGAAUUCUAGCUGCAAAUAGAAUGAUAGUUGCAGUGAAGGUGCUAAAUCUUAAACAGAAAGGGGCUGCCAAGAGUUUCUUAGCUGAAUGUGAAGCAUUGAGCAACAUUCGACAUCGAAAUUUAAUAAAAAUCAUAACUGUUUGUUCGAGUAUAGAUUUUAAAGGAAAUGAUUUCAAAGCUAUCAUUUAUGAGUUCAUGCAGAAUGGAAGUUUAGAAGAGUGGUUGCAUCCGCAUGAAAAUCAAGGAGUGGGAGAAUUCAACUUCAUCCAGAGACUGAACAUAGCCAUUGAUGUUGCAUUUGCACUUGAAUAUCUCCACCACUAUUGCCAACCAGCUAUAGUUCAUGGAGAUCUUAAGCCAAGCAAUGUUCUACUUGAUCAUGACAUGGUUGCACAUGUGGGUGACUUUGGGAUGUCAAGAAUAUUUCGAAACGAGAGCAGUCAUAGCAAUGCUUCCAGAGAACAAAAUAGCUCCAUUGGAAUAAAAGGAACAAUUGGUUAUAUUCCCCCAGAAUAUGGCAUGGGUAGCGAGGCAUCUAUGGAAGGAGAUGUGUAUAGUUUUGGAAUUAUGUUGUUGGAAAUGAUUACAGGAAAGCGACCAACUGAUCCUAUGUUCAACGAUGGUUUCAACAUUCAACAAUUCACCAAAACUGCAUUGCCAGAGAGAGUGAUGGAGAUUCUUGAACCCUCUUUAUUACAAGAAGUACAUGUGACAGAUAAUAGAGGUAUUGAACAUUCCAGGGCAAGGAACAACAUGGGAAGGAGAAUGGGUGUUUUGGAAAGCUUGUCGGAAGUUACAAGAGUGGGAGUCUUCUGCUCAAUGGAAUCUCCAAAUGACAGAAUGGAGAUGAAACAAGUUGUUGCGGAACUAUCUGCCAUUAAAAACAGGUUUUUUGGAGCGAGGAAUUGAUACAACGUCCGUUGACAUGGCUCUUGUUUGUCUUCUGCUUUUUGUUUCCCUUUUUGUUUUUUAAUUGAAAUAAACCCCAGCCCAUUUCUUAAUAGGGCCUGGACCUUUUUUAUACACCGUUAUGCUAUUGCUAGCUUUAUGGGCUUUUCUGAUUAGUAUAUCAAUAUAUAGAACAUUAUACAUGAAGGAAUCUCAUAUUCUUCUCUAAUAUAAAAGGGGAUGUAAA